AUGGCGGAUUUCUCUUCACCAGACAAUAAUUAUCCUUCUUCUUCGUCGUCAUCAUCAUCAUCAUCAUUUUCGUUUUCCAAACCAAACAGCAAGAGAAGAAGAAUCGGAGAUCGCCACAUGGAAACCACAAACCCUAGCAGCAUUGCGGUGGUGGAGUUGGAGCAUCUCGGCCUCCCUCUUCUCUCAGCGAAGACCGCCUCUCCGGCCGACACCCUCCGUCUCCGUCCCCGCCGCCGCUACUCCAUCGGCCGAAGCCGCCGCCGCUCCGACUUCCUCUUCGUUGACCGCCGCGUCGGCCGCCGCCACUGCCAGAUACUCUUCCACCCUCGCCUUCGCAAACUCUAUCUCCAGGAGCCUAGGGAUAGGGCUUCUCUUAACGGAGUUUACGUCAAUGGCGUCCGGAUCGUGAGAGGCCGUGCCGUGGAGGUUUCUGCUGGCGAUGAGGUAUCGCUCGUCUGCGCGAAUCGGAACUGUAGCCGACACGGUGGUCGCGUCGGGUUUGUCGUCCGGAGAAUCGUCUUUGAGGAGAGGAUUCCCCGCAGCACUGGCCGGCGAGGACUAUCGGAUUCGCAUUCGCAAUCGCAAUCGCAAUCGCAAUCGCAAUCGCAAGGAACCGUGUCGAGCCGACGGGGAUUCAAGAGAGUUUUCGCUUCCAAGGUUGACGACGAUAUCGCCUUUUCCUUUUCUGAUUCCAAAUGCGAAGACCUAAUCUCUAGGGCAAGACGUUUGAUUAAUCAGUACAAGGAGAUAUUGCGUAAUGAUAGUUUGAAUGUACAAAAUCAUGACGUGGUACCUUCUGAGACUGCUAUUAGGGACGAUGAUCCAGAGAAAUUGCCUGUGGAUUGUCGCCAUUCUUCUUCCGAUGGUGCUGUGAAGAUGAACAUAAGUCCGCCUGGGAAGAAGUUUUACUUGAAUCGCCUGGCAUUUAUGGAGGACGAUUGUUCUUCAGGUCAUGGCACUGAAAGCAUUUCCUUGCAGGAGCUUCUUCAUCCUGUUGAAAGCAUUUCGCAAAUGUUCAUUGCAACUUUUACUAGUGAUAUUUUGUGGUUUUUGUCAUCCUGUGAGAUUCCCAGGCAUCUGCCUGUGACAGUUGCUUGUCAUAAUACUGGGAGAUGUUGGGAUACUAGCCCUGAGAAAAGAACUUCUGUUCCUUACCCAGAUUUUCCUAACCUAACGGUCGUGUAUCCCCUAUUUCCUGAAGACAUAGCUUUUGGUAAAGACUCGAAGAAACGAGGCAUUGGUUGUCAUCAUCCAAAAUUGUUUGUUCUACAGAGGGAUGAUUUCCUUCGUGUUAUAGUUACUUCUGCAAAUUUAGUGCCAUCACAGUGGAAUGCUGUGACCAAUACCAUCUGGUGGCAAGAUUUUCCUGUCAGAAGUUCUCCUGAUUUGAUGUCUCUUUUUACUCAAAUUCACGCUCGGGAUGUAAAUCAAGAGUCAAAGUCUGAUUUUUGUUCUCAGCUGGCUGGUUUUAUGGCAUCUCUUCUGACUGAUGUACCCAGCGAGGCUCACUGGAUUUUUGAGUUGACAAAGUAUGACUUUGGAGGGGCAAUGGCUGAUUUAGUUGCUUCGGUACCUGGAAUUCAUUCUUACAGAGCUCCCAGUAUAUUUCCACCCAUGCACUUCUCACAAGUGAGCACUUCUAUUCCAUUCCUUGGUUCAGUUGAAGCAUCUGUGGUUGGUCUAAGCUACCUCUUUCACAAAGCAGCAGAUUCCAAUGGUGCACAGCUUAAGAAACUGGCUUCUUUCUUGGGAAAAUCAUUUGAAAAGGCAGAUGGUUUUUCGAAGGUUGUUCUAAAAAGAAACAAGAGUAUUCCUGCGGAUGAAAAUGCUGUGAGCAUUCUUGUCCCUAGCACAAAUGAGUUCCCCGGUGAAGACUGCGUUCAACUUGGUUUUCUUCCCAGAAAGGUUGCAAAGUGGAUCUCUCCACUGUGGGAUAUUGGGUUCUUCAGGUUCUCUGCCUAUGUUUGUCAGAAACAAGCCCUCACGGCAGCUUUAGGAGGAAGCAGCAAGAAAGUUUCACUGUCAAUACAUGUGUCUCAGGGACCAAACUUUGAGGAUAUUACAAAGCUGAUGCAACCAGAACAUGUUGUUGCACUAUGCUCUAUGGUGGCUGCAAUUCAAAGGUGUACAGGCCUCUGGCGACUACAGGAGGUUUUAACUCGAUAUAAAUGGCCCGAACACCUCGAGUCUGAUUUUAUUUACAGUGCGUCCUCAAUUGGGUCAAUCAAUUCAAGAUUUUUAGCUGCCUUUUCAGCCGCUGUAGGAAAAACAUCAUUGCAAUUUGACUCAGAAGAGUCUGAUCCAGAGUGGGGCUGCUGGAGUGCUAGUCAGGAAUUACAAAAUCCAUCCAUUAGAAUACUCUUCCCAACCAUUAACAGAGUACAAAAUGCAUGUAAGGGAGUCUUGCCUUCAAAACGUAUACUUUGCUUCUCUGAGAGAUCAUGGGAAAGACUGCGAACUGUAGACAUACUUCAUGAUGCAAUUCCUCAUCCCAGCCAUAGAGUUGGGCAUCCAAUGCAUAUCAAGGUGGCACGAAGGCGUUUUAAGUCCAGGACUGAUGCAUCUGCCUUUGGUUGGGUUUAUUGUGGGUCACAUAAUUUUAGUGCAGCUGCCUGGGGACGACCAAUUCCUAAUCCAUAUGGUGCAGAAGUGGAUGAAAAAGGGAGACCCACUUCUUCUUUGGGUGUCAGACUUCACGUCUGCAACUAUGAACUUGGGAUUGUUUUCAUCUUUCCCCCAACAGAACCAAAGAGUAACGCCAGUAAGAAUAGCAUUAACUUGGAUGGUAUAGUUAUGCCAUUUGUUGUGCCUGCUCCAAAAUAUGGACCAACAGAUAGGCCAGCGACAGCAAGGGCUAUGAGAGAGGCAUUAGCUGCAAUCAAUGAACGAGGGGCAGAAAAUCUUUCUGAAGUAGAAGAGGUUUCAGAUGAAGAUGAAUCAGCUGAGGAAACUAGUUUCGUUGCAGAAGAGAAGGAAGAGGAGAAAACUUAUGCCAAUGUGCUCUGGAAUCAAAUUGACUUGUCUUAGAGUUGAGUCA